AUGGCCGAACCCAAAGACGCCGGAGACAACGCCGGCACCGGCUCUGCCCCGGAGCCCCUGACGCUCCCGCUCGGGGAUGCUGCUAUAACGGAGCCAUAUAGCAUCUUCACUCGCAAAGAGAAAUGGUUUAUUGUAGCUAUGGUGGCGGCCGCAGGGUUCUAUAGUCCUUUGCCGGCGAACAUCUAUCUUCCUGCAAUCCCAAAACUGUCAGAAGCAUUUGGAAAGUCUGUAGAGCUUAUUAAUCUGACUGUUACCGCAUUUCUCGCAAUGCAGGGUAUAUCGCCCAUGCUUUGGGGUCCGCUUUCAGACCGCUAUGGUCGACGGCCAGUCUUUUUGAUUUGUCUCACGGUUCUUAUUGGGGCCUGCGUGGGCAUUGCUGUCUGUCCUACUGACGCGUUCUGGCUCUUGAUCGUCCUCCGGUGCCUCCAAGCGGCGGGUUGUGCGAGCACCAUUGCUCUGGGCGCUGGCGUGAUAGGCGAUAUAUCGACUCCAGAAGAAAGAGGUGGCUUCUUUGGGAUGUUUAAUCUGGGCCCUAUGCUUUCGCCUUGUAUUGCACCAGCAAUCGGUGGUGCAUUGUCAGACAAGCUGGGUUGGCGAUCAAUCUUUUGGUUUCUGAUCAUAAUGGCUGUAUGUUGCCUCUUCUUUAUUCUGCUGUUCCUGCCAGAAACCCUUCGCAACCUUGUUGGGAAUGGAGGCAUCGCCCUCGGAGGAAUCUACACUCCCCUGGUUCCAGUAGUAGGCAAAUCUCGUAAGAAGCAAAAGUCAUCUCCCUCAAAGUCUGGGGUUCGACCAACUCUCAAUCCUUUCGUAAUUCUUAUCUACCCAGAUGUUGCCAUCACUCUAGCCUUCACAGGUAUAGUAUACGCUGUCAAUAAUACUGUUGUCACAACUGUGGCAUCGUCUUUUGCUAGAGUAUAUCCUUGGCUAUCUGAGACGGCACUUGGAUUGUGCUACCUCCCGACGGGCUUUGGGAUGAUUGUUGGGAGCACACUUACUGGCAAGUUUCUUGACUGGGAAUACGCCCGUAUAAAGAAAAGAGUCGAAGAAGCCGACGGCGCUAUUGAUUUUCCAAAGGAGUAUGCGCGCCUGAGAACAAUGCCUGUGUUGCUAGUUCUUUUCUCAGGGGCGGUAAUAGCAUGGGGAUUUUGUGUGGACAAUGGUGUGCACAUUGCCGUGCCUCUGUGCCUACAGGUUGUUUUGGGAUAUACCUCGAUCUCAAUCCUUAACACUACAAUGACCCUAAUGAUCGACAUCUUGCAAACAAGAAGCUCGGCAGCAACUGCUUGUACAAACCUCGUCAGGUGCCUCCUUGCCGCUUUACUGGUGGCUUUGAUUGAUAGGAUGACUGCAGCACUUCGAGUGAGUUGGAGUUAUGUGUUACUAGGCGGAGUCUGCGCAUUGCUUCUCCCCUUGAUGUAUAUCGAAAUGAAGGUUGGGCCCAAAUGGAGGAUGAGGCGGGAUUUGAAGUCUAUAGAUGAAUAA